UACAAAAUAUCUGUUGAUGCUGGAUUCAAAAAAGAUACUGCUUCAUUUCAAAGUAUGGAUAACUAUUCAGAGAUGCAAGUGAAAACAUUUUCUAGGGGAACACUCGAAGAUUUGAGAGAGGACGUUAAAUCAAGAUUUAUUGGAAAAGAAAAAGUGACGAGGGACAUAAAACAAAUACUACAAGAGUAUAUUGAGAUUGCUCUUGACGAUAAUGAUGGUGGGCUAUGCGAACUUCGUAAAAUAAUUAUAAACUCUUUAUCGAAAACAUUCGACUCAGCGGUAGAAGAAGAAUUUUUCCAACGAAUGCAGUUUUUAUUUCAACACCUGUCUUACACAAUUCCGUUACGUUCAUUGAAGGAAAAAAUUAGCGAAGGAACUUUGGUGGCGAAUUUAAUAAGUCCUGUAUUGCGCAUUUUCUUUCAUGAUGCUUAUGUAUAUCCAACAAUUUGGCCAAACACGUCCAGUACCAGUGCAAAAGUCCGAAAGCUUGCUUUUGGUGAUCCUUCUCGAGCUAAACAACCCGAUAUGAUUGGGAAUAUCGUCAAUAAUGGCAAUUUUGCUUAUGAGGUGAUGUUUGGAGAAGUGACGGGAGAGGGUAAGAAUAACACGGAGAAGAAAAACCUAAUUGAUCUAAUUAGGUUGGGAAUAUUUAUGAAGGAUUCACUGGAUAAUAUUUUGCUUAAGACCGGUGUUAAUCGGGUUUUUGCUUGGCAAGUCAUAGUCACAAAAUGGACAGGUUAUCUAAUGACUUUGAUUUGUCCUGGGAUUUAUGUGAUGAUCGAUACUGGUGGUAGUGUGGAAAUUCCGAGAUCCUUCGAAUCAUGCAGUAUGUUUUUAAGCGGAUUAGACACGCUGUUUGCAUUUCAGCUUGCGUAUAAAGAAACAGUCAAAGAGAUCCUUCUAAUAAUGAAUAGGAAUGAAGAAUCCGAAAAUGAGGAAGAUAAUUUUAAAACAUGGCGUCGUCAAACACUUGGAACACCAGCGUUCAAAAGAAUCGUCAAAUUCAAAUGA